UGAAUCGAUGCCAAACUUCAAUUCCAUAUUAAUCGAGGAAUCGAUCCACGCGCACGCUGCGGCCGCGAUGGUGAUCUGCCGCUUCUUCCUGCAGGGCUUCUGCCGCUUCGGCGAUCGCUGCUGGAACGAGCACCCGGCUUCGCCGCAGCACUCAGGAUAUAGUAACCGAGGAGAUGGGUUCCAAAACCCCCAGCAGCACCAGGGUCGAGGUGGUGGCCUUCUCCCGACCCCUAAUUAUAACAGAGGAGGCAGGAGCGACUACCACGGUGGCAGAUAUGGUGAUGAGAGUGACGGCACAAGUUAUGGGAGGAACCAAGUUGGUGGGUUUGGAGGUGGAGAAAGAGGUCGCAGCGGUAGGGGAGCCUACGAGGAAGACUUUGGAGGCCGAGGUGGGAGAGGUGCCGGCGGAUUUCAGAGCCAACGAGGUGGUUGGCAGGGAAGCACUUGGAAAAGUGGUGGUUCAUCAGGAGGAAUACACACUGAAAACAAAUUCUCUGCGCUGAGCAAUGCCAACAGUGAAAUGGACGAGGUGGACGAGAUCGCUCAACUUGUCAUCAACAUAAAAAAAGACAUGGAACAUUGGGAGAGCUCAGGGCUAUGGUACCUCUCGUGCUAUGCGCCCACAAAAGAAAGAGCUUGCAUAACAGGUUUUAUUGACCUGUCACCUGAAGAGAUUCGCUUGGAGUACUACAAACGUCGAAUGUCAAACUUACAGGAAUAUUUGGAUAUGGUCUCACAGCUAAAGGAGAGGUGGCGGCAACGCAAGUCUGAGCUAGCCAACCCCAACUCCCGGGAUAUUCUGAUUGCUGAAUUAAUUAAAAAACCCCAGGCAUUGCCAGCAUUUGGGAUUUCUGCGCAGCCUUGCUUCAACCAACCAAUGGGAUUAGCAUUGGGAGGGUUUUCACAGCCUGCAUCUUCUCGGCCAACUUUCACAAACAAUUCGCAGUCUUUAGGUUUUGGAGAAAGCGCCACAGACAGCGGGUUUGCCACUGGUGCAGCACCUGCGUUUGGGAUGCCAGCAAUCGCAGGAUCAAGUCAAGGUUUUGAAGUUGCCCGAUCCUCCACAUCCGCAAGCAGCUUUAACUUUUCAUUGCCCUCCAACACGCAGCCCUCAACCAUGGUGGCCAGCCAACCAGCAAUCCAGGCUGCAAAUUUUAGCUUUUCACUGCCAGCUGCUGGAGCCAAAGGAGCAGGAUUGUCAAUGGCAACAACCCCUACCAGUUCUGUGGUCUUAAAAGUGGGGGAGCUGCACACACCCAAUGAGGAGCUGACACAGAGAGAACUGCAGCAGUUCCAGGCAAAGAAGUUCACAUUCACCAAGAUCCCGCUCAAGCCGCCCACCCCAGGGCUUCUCCGGAUUUCCAUUUAAAUUGAAGUCAGACUCCAUGAGUACGGUAAUUGCAUUGGCAUGGAUAUUUUUCCCCACUCUGCUGUGAAUUUUACAAAUGAUAAAUUGUAGCUUUAGUCAUUGUACCAGAAGCGAGGAGUGUCCCCAUAACUCAUUGAAUCUUGUGAUAAAACUCAUCUCCAUUGUCAGUCAAAGCCAGUGAUGGGUAUUCUACAGCCAUCUCAAUAUUUUUUUAAUGAUUCAGUUGAUACGUAGGAAGGAAGAUAGGCGAAGCCUAUCCCUUUUGUAAAUUGAGGGAAACCUGUUUAUAUAUUUUUUUGUUCCAAGGUAGUAUGGAACAAUUGUUAAGGUUUCACAACCCAAGUUUUAAUGUUUGACUUGUGGAUUGACUGGGAGCGUGUGGGCUGUACAUUUUGUCAUGUUUGUGUUAAACAUUUGUUGGAAUUGUUGUACACUUAAGUUUAUUAUUGAAUUCCUAACUUUAAAAUCGUUAAUAUAUGCCGAAUUGUUUAAGCCGAGUCUUAUUUUCUAAUAAGCACUUGUUUAAAAUCUGUUUAAAUUCAGAUUCUAAUAGAUGGCAACACAAUUCAGUAUCGAGGAAAGUUUGGUAUAAGGAUCUUAAGUUUUAUAUAUAUCAGAACCAUUAAACAUUUUGGAAAGUA